AUGCCUCUCGAUACUACCACCUUCCGCAACGUCAUUAACGGCGAGCUGACCACCACAGCUGACACUCGCCACGGCAUCAACCCCGCCACCAAGAAGCCCAACCCCGAGGUCCCUGUCUCGACCCAAGACGACCUCGACCGCGCGGUAACCGCCGCAAGGGCUGCAUUCAAGACCUGGUCGCGCACCUCCUUCGACGAGCGUCGCAAGGCCAUCUCCGCCUUCGCCGACUCCAUCGAAGCCAACCAGGAUGCCCUCGCCGCCCUUCUAACCCAAGAGCAGGGGAAAUCCCUCGCCCAGGCCGCACAGGAAAUCGGGAUGGCUGUCCUCUGGGCCCGCAGCCUGUCCACCAUCGAGAUCCCCGAGACCGUCAUCCAGGACAAGGACGACUGCAAGAUCAUCCAGCGGUACACGCCGCUCGGAGUCGCCGGCGCCAUUGUCCCCUGGAACUUCCCUGUCGUGCUUGCUGUCGGCAAGAUCGUGCCCGCCGUGUACACCGGUAACACGGUCAUCGUGAAACCCUCCCCUUUCACUCCAUACUGUGAUUUGAAGCUCGCUGAGCUCGCAAUCCCCCAUUUCCCACCUGGCGUCAUCCAGGCCCUCAGCGGCGGCGACGACCUUGGGCCUAGAAUCACCGAACACCCUGGCAUCGACAAGAUCAGCUUCACGGGUUCUACAGUUACAGGCCGCAGAGUCAUGGCCAGCUGCGCAAAGACACUGAAGCGCGUAACCCUCGAACUGGGAGGCAACGAUGCUGCCAUUAUCUGCGACGAUGUUGACAUCGACAAGAUCAUUCCAAAUCUCGCAAUCCUCUCCUUCCUCAACUGCUCGCAGAUCUGCAUGAUGAUCAAACGCCUCUACGUGCACUCCAGCAUCUACGACACCUUCCUCUCCAAAUUCGUUGAAGCCGUCAAGGCCUUCCAGGUCGGGCCCGGCACAGACGAGUCCGCAUUCAUCGGGCCCGUGCAGAACAGCAUGCAGUACGAAAAGGCCAAAGACCUGUUCUCGUCUAUCGAGUCCCAGAAACUUAGCUCCGUCCUGGGUGGGAAGAUCUCAGAGUCUAGUGGAUACUUCAUCCCGCCUACGCUUAUUGAUAACCCGCCCGAGGAGUCAAGGGUUGUGCAGGAGGAGCCCUUCGCGCCUAUCCUGCCUCUGCUGAAGUGGGAUGACGAGGAGGAUGUCCUUGCUCGCGCGAACGCGACGGAGAGUGCGCUUGGUGCUUCGGUGUGGACGAAGGAUCUGGAGAAGGGUCGGCGCAUGGCGGAUCAAUUGCAGGCUGGCACUGUGUGGGUUAACAGCCACUUUGAGCUCUCGCCGUUCGCGCCGUUUGGGGGGCAUAAGAGUUCAGGAAUCGGGACUGAAUGGGGGGUGCAUGGGUUGACGCAGUACUGUAACUCGCAGUCGGUGUGGAUUAAGAAGGCGUAG